CCUUCACCCGCACCCGCACCAACCGAACGUGGAACUGUAGAACACCACUAAAACAUCGAAACCACUAGGAUGGAUACAGUCGCUUUGUUAUUUUGCUUCAUUCUGGUCGGUAUUAGCCAAGGCAUGGCAAAACCACAGGUAUAUCAAAGGCAAAAUUAUGGUGGUGAUGGGGCGCCCGCAGAAGUUGAGACUGAGAGUCGCUUCGGGUACGGUGGAGGAGCGGCGGCGGCGGCUGCUGCUGCAGCUGCUGGAGGCUACGUCGGAGGCCAUCUUGGAGGUCACGUUGGUGGUCAAUUCGCGGGACAAAUAGGCAUGACCGGUGGUGCCGCUGCAGCUGCGGCCGCUGCCGCCGGCGCAGGUGGCUAUGGCGGGUACAGACAUGGUCUCGGCUAUGGCCGUUAAACCAAUCCCGACUCUCUUGAAAUUGCCAAAAUAAAAUAUUUUUUGGUUCAAAUUAAAAAGCGCACUCGAAA